AUGAAGCCUGCUAAGCUGGGGGUUCUCCUAGCGUUCUUCAUCUUCUGCUCACUCACCACCCCAGGACUGAGUGGUAUUGCCAAACUUAUGAAACUGCUGUGCGAUGAAUACAGAGAUAUUUGUACUAUGGAUAUGGAUCCCGGCCAUUGCUAUGAACCACAAUUUAAAUUUUUCUACAAUCGAACUGCCAAAGAGUGUCAGAGUUUUAUCUUCAAUGGCUGCGAUGGUAACCUUAAUAACUUCAAUCUUAAAUUAGAAUGUGACAUAGCCUGUAAUGAAGACUACCGAACAGUGCGGUAA